UGGCGCCGGGUGGCGCUUUGCGAAUUGGUAGGCCUACUUUACGAUCUCCGCGCCACCAUCUGCAACAAUGAAAACUAAAUAUAAAAAAUAAAACAGCACAGCCAAAACACACACUCAAUAAUGGCCAAAUUUAAGCGUGAAAAGGUUCGUGCCAAGCCGGCCAAAGAAAGAGGAGACCCCAAAACGUCAGGUGACUCGUCAGGUGCUGUGGAAGGCGACGAAGGUGCAGUUCCUGCCAUGCCGGACUUCAGCAUUCCGCAGUACGUGAAUGACAUCAGGAACAAAAUCCUCCGCAGGGAGAUGGUGCAGAAGUUGCGAAGGAAGGCGACUAAGGAAAAAAAGAAGAUCAAGGCUGAGAGAAAGAAAAUGGGUGUCGAGAAAGGAGUGCCCAAGACCAUUGAGAGUAUGCGAGAAAAGGACGAGACGACUGUCGACGAGGCCAAUGAGGAGCAGAUGGAAGAGGUCGAGCUGGACCUGCAGACCGACGAGCUGAGCAAAUACUUUGAACACACCUAUGAGCCAAAAGUGCUCGUCACUUACUCGGACAACACCAACAAGCGGUCCGUCCAGUUUGGACGAGAACUUUGCCGAAUCAUUCCAAAUGCACAUUCGUACUUCCGCAAAAGAGCUGCCGUAAAGAAAAUCAUCGAGAGCUGCAAGAAGGAGGGAAAUUACACCGACAUCGUUGUCAUCAAUGAGGACAUGGGCAAACCUAAUGGACUGUUGCUGAUUCAUUUGCCUGAAGGGCCAACAGCCCAUUUCAGACUGAGCAAUGUGAAGCUCAGCAAAAAGAUGCACAUCAAGGUGGACAAAAGGGAAUUCACUGACCACCGACCUGAGGUCAUCCUCAAUAACUUCACCACCAGGCUAGGCUACACAGUAUCUAGAAUGUUAGCUGCAAUUUUCCACUACGACCCGGACUACAAGGGUCGGCGGGCUGUGACUUUCCACAACCAGAGGGACUACAUUUUCUUCAGGCAUCACAGAUAUGAGUUCAAGAACCAGGAGAAGGUGAAACUGAGAGAAUUAGGCCCUAGGUUCACCCUGAAGUUAAGAUCUCUCCAGCAAGGUACUUUUGAUUCCAAAUUUGGAGAUUACGAAUGGAUGAUCACCGGCCGAAGGCACGAAAUGGAGACCAGUAGGAGGAGGUUCUUCCUUUAAGUUUAUAUCUCUUAUAUCUAACAAAUAUAUAAAACAAUAUGUUUUUGAGAAAAUCUG